CGGCCCCCUACCUUGAUAGCCGCCGCCAAGAACGGGUCCGGAGGGCUGCCCCUUUGGGCCAUGGUUCGGGUAACCGUUCCCGGGGCUAAGCAUGCCGAUGUCACGGUCUUUCGAGCUCGCGAAGACUUCAUUGACCUUCAAACGUGACAGGAGGAUACGCCAGAAAGACCAUCCAAGCACGAAUCCAGUUGCAGGCGUCCAUACGCUCGAGAUCACUGCGCCCCCUAGUUUGCCACAGACUCCACCAUGAACCUCUCCGACCAGCCCCUCGGCCCCGUUAUCUUCUCGGCCUCGGUGCUUGUCACUGUGUCUUACAUCAUCGUGAGACUGAUUGCCGCGUGGAGACAUCCCCUGUCCCGCUUCCCAGGCCCUGCCUUGGCCCAUCUAAGCGAUUUCUCUCACUGUAAAAGGUUUCUUGGUGGCCGACAGCCAUAUGACUUGCUUAAGCUCCACGAGAAGUAUGGCCCCGUUGUGAGGGUCGCCCCCAAUGAGCUGUCAUUCAACACCGCCCAAUCAUGGAGAGACAUUUACGAAAAGAAGAAGGGUUACGCAACCUUUAUCAAAAGCGACUUCUACGAUGGCGGUAACUUUGCAGCUGAAGCGCACUCCAUCGUGAGCGAGCGGGACCCGGACGAGCACGCUAACAUGCGGAGAUAUCUCCGUGAUGCCUUCUCAGACCGCUCGCUUCGAGAACAGGAGUAUCUCAUCUCUGAAGUCAUUGACCGCUUCGUAACUAAGAUAGGCGACGAGGGCAAAGAUGGCCCGGGAAUCGACAUAGUAACAUGGUACAAUCUCGCAACAUUUGACAUCAUCGGAAGUCUGGCAUUCGGCCAAUCAUUUGAUGGCAUCAAGACUGGCACGGAACAUCCUUGGGUCGCAAUUGUGGUCAAGAGUCUUCGCCUGGGUGCUUUGGCAGAUUGCUUCAAGAGAUUUCCCCUGAUCGGAGAAAUCUUCAAGACCCUUUUCCCCGGCCUUCUCAAAAAGCUGAUCGAAGACACGCGUCGUCACGAGGCCAACACCAUGGACCUGGUUCAAAAACGAAUCAACCAAGAGACGGACCGCAAAGACUUUUUAACAAAGAUUCUAGAGCAUCGUGAGGAAGACAAUCUGUCAGACGUGCAAAUUGCAGCGCACUCCUCGGACUUUGUAAUCGCGGGUAGUGAAACCACUGCCACAGCUCUUGCGUGCAUCACGUAUUAUCUCCAAAAGAACCCAGACAUAUUGAACACCUUGCAGAAAGAGAUCCGCACCUCCUUUGAAUCGUACGACGAGAUCAACGACGCUUCGACAGCGCCACUGGGGUACUUGAAGGCUGUCAUUCUGGAGGGAAUGCGAAUGUAUCCACCCCUGCCGUUCCCAUUGCCGCGAGUCGUGCCACCAGAGGGCGGCAUAGUUGACGGGCAAUUCGUCCCUGGCGGUACCAUAGUAUCAACCAGCCCCUUUGCGGCGUCCAUGUCAGCUGAGAAUUUCCGAGAUCCAUGGGUAUUUGACCCGGAAAGAUGGACGGGCACUGAAAGUCGCGAUAUUCUCGACGCGUGCCAGCCAUUCUCGCUCGGCAGUAGGAAUUGUCUUGGGCAAAGCCUGGGCUGGAUGGAAAUGCGCACAAUUCUUGCCAAGAUCCAUUUCAAGUAUAACUUAGAGAUGGUUGAUAAGAGCCUUGACUGGCAUGCUGAGUCCGAGAUGCACACUCUGUGGCAGAAGCCAGCUAUGAAAGUCAGGGUGAAGCCAAGGUCCGAUUGA